GGAUCAUCAUCAAUACCAAUAUCUAGAAGUUAUAAAAGUCCCGAUAUUAAUUUAAAUGAAAAAGUUAAUGUUUGGAUUAAAAAAAAUGCAAACCUGAUCCACAAUCAAAGUUUUGAUGAUGACGAUCAACAAACAACAUUGAUCGAGGGCUUAGUUGAUGAAGCUAAAGAUUAUUUAUUAUUAUCUCGAGAAAGAUUAAAUAUGCAAGGAUCAAGAACAAGAUCAAGAAAAUCAAUUAAAUCAAGCGAAAUUCUUUUUGCUGCUGGUGGAUGGUGUUCAAGUGAUGCUAUAGCAAGUGUCGAAAUGUUUGAUUCAACAUCAAAUGAAUGGAGAGCUGUUGCAUCUAUGUCAAAACGAAGAUGUGGGCUAGGAGUUGGUGUAUUAAAUAAUUCCCUCUACUGA